AUGGAUCCUUCACAUCACGAGGCAUACAUGCGUCUAGCUCUCGAAGAGGCUAAGAAAUCACCGCCGAAGCCAUUCAACUACUGUGUCGGCGCCGUCCUCGUUGAUGAGACCAACGGCGAGGUCCUAGCCACGGGGUACACGCUUGAGCUUGCCGGCAACACUCAUGCAGAGCAAUGCGCCCUACAAAAGUAUGCCCAGGCUCACGGCCUCCCAGAGGAACGCGUCGGCGAAGUGCUGCCCGCUCAAACAGUUAUCUACACCACCAUGGAACCCUGCACUUUGAGACUGAGCGGCAACCUUCCCUGUGUCGACCGUAUCAUCCGAACCAGGGUGGGUGCGGAGCCUAAAGUCAAGAAGGUCUACCUGGGAGUCAAGGAGCCGGAGAAGUUUGUUGGAGAAAACAGAGGCAGAGCAAAACUCGAAGGAGAAGGUAUCGAGUGUAUCCACGUGCCGGGUUUCGAAGAAGAGAUAUUGAAAGUGGCCACCGCUGGGCACGAAGAGUGA